UACCACCAGGUUUGAGUGCUGUUUUAAGUAUCGCGCAGCUGCAAGCUAGGCAACGGGAUCUGCGCUCUAGAGACUUUGCUGCUGCCCCGUCGUUCGUGCAUCCUCCAAACAACCAGCUGGCAGCCAUGAACGAAUGGAUGAGGAAAGGCCCCUUAGAAUGGCAAGAUUACACGUACAAAGAAGUCAAAGUGACAGCCAGUGGGAAGGAGUAUAAAGGAUGGGUUUUAACCACAGACCCAGUUUCUGCCAAUAUUGUCCUUGUGAACUUCCUGGAAGACGGCAGCAUGUCUGUGACUGGAAUUAUGGGCCAUGCUGUGCAGACCAUUGAAACUGUGAGCGAAGGGGACCACAGAGUCAGAGAGAAGCUGAUGCAUUUGUUCACGUCCGGAGACUGCAAGGCCUACAGCCCUGAGGAUCUGGAGAAGAGAAGGAAUAGCGUAAAGAAAUGGCUCGAGAAGAACCACAUCCCCAUCACAGAACAGGGAGAUUCACAAAGGACUCUGUGUGUGGCUGGGGUUCUGACUAUAGACCCGCCCUAUGGUCCAGAAAAUUGUAGCAGUUCUAAUGAGAUUAUUCUGUCCCGUGUUCAGGAUCUUAUUCAAGGACAUCUUGCAGCUUACCAGUGAGAGGCCAAGACUUGUGGAUUCAUCGAUUGAAAUAACACUUCAUUUUAAUUUUUUCCUUCAUAAAAUGUUUUGAAUGUUAAAUCCACCACCAUAUUAUAAGACUUCAAAGCCACACAGUUGAGUGUGUGUGUGUGUGUGUGUGUGUGUGUGUGUUUGAGUUUUAAUUUUCUGUUGUUUUGGAAAAAUCAAGUGGAUUUGGAUGUGGAUUAUGAGUGUUAAUAAAUAAGCGAACUAUG